GUUCUCUAGAAAGUCUUGUCUAUUAUCACAUCGAAAGAUAUGCAAACAUCUAUGUAUACAUUUUACUGCUGCGUGUCUAAUGCAGAUAUCAAAUGUUUUGUAUUGUGGUGCGAUGGAUGGAAAUACACUAGGCUGCAGUGUUGAAUUAAUGCAUCCAUCCAAUUACUACUUUAAGUCUAGAAUAGUUGUGGUUUUGGGAGCCUAAUUUUGCGUUUCCUUUUUUGUACCGAAUUUAAGUACCAGCUUGUUCAUUUCAACAUUUCAGGGGUUAUCUUGGUAUGCCAGUAUUAACAUUUGUUAACAUUUUUGGAGAGGACUGAAUGUCGACAGGUAGAGAAUGGUGGGGUUAAUGGGGGCAUAUCAAUGGAUGUAUGUUUGUUCACUUGUUAUUAUCAUCCAGCAGCUAAAGCUCGGAUUCAAUUUGUAAUAAAAAAUAAAAUGUAUUUUGUGUUCAAUUUUGUGGGGCGGGCAAUAAAGGAUCCAGCUAGCCUGUGAUAUUUGUUCAUUUUAUAGCAAAGUGUAAAAUAUGCUAUGUAAUAAAAGCAAUCUGCAUGAAUGAUUGAAUAAAUUUUAGACUUUACCAGAGGUUUUUCUACUCAAAAUACUAAGAUAAAUUGUCCCUUAUAAUGUAAUCAUAAAUUAAACCGAUAACAAAUUUCCAAUACUUGUCUUUGUGUACAUUUUAAGACCUAUGGAUAACUAUUGCCAUUGCUUGCUAAUACAUUGGAUUGGAACAAACCAAUCGGAAGUGUCUAAUGAUUUAUAAAAAAUAAAUGUAUUCAAAUUUAGUGCUAGAAAUGCUUAAUUACAGUAUUUAUUAACCAAUACUCUUGCACUGUCCUGUACCUAGUCUAAACGGAAACGCUUUAUGCUAAUCCAUUGACGACAUCCGGUUGUAUCCAUAGUGAUGGCAUUCCCUAUCCUAGAUGUCGGCUGUAUCAACUGAAUUGUAAACUAGUUGCAUGCUACUUUGAAAUGCAUUAAAGUGCGUUAUGCUGUGUAGACAAUAUAAGCAUCCUGACUGAUCCCAAUUCAACAUUGGGUUUACGUUAUAAUCGAAUGCAAAAACGAUUUAGUUUGCAUCACUUACGAGAAUGUUCACCGACGAGACAUUGGACUGUGUAGGAAUCGAGUCGCUUUGGAGAAAAUCCCAACAGUUAACUCAGCAUUCGAGAGGAUGCCAAACCAAAGCCGUGAGCAGUGCCGAAGCCGAAGUCCAGACUGUCCACCCUUCAGUAAACAGCAGCCAGACAGAGCCACAGGACCAGCUCACAGAGCAUCUUCUCACAUACCUCACCCAACAAGAGGCUGAACCGCCAGGUCUGAAGGACUUCCUCGACCGAGUAGAGGCUAUGGUCUUAAGAGAGUUGGCCAAAAAUGCCAAAAGUCAUGCCUUCGAUGGAUACCAAGUGAAUUGGGAAGAAGAAACUCAGUUGGUUUCGUGCCUACACUGCCUCCAGGAUCCUAGUGCUCAGGAGAAAGGCCUUCAUGUUACAAGCGUAUCGUGGAACUGUACCGGUUCUGUGGUUGCCUGUGCUUAUGGACGUAUUGACGACGGGGACUGGAGCACGGAGGUGUCCUAUGUUUGCACGUGGAACGUGGACCGGCGAGGCCUGAACCCAAAACAACCCGAUCUGGUCAUAGACGUCGGCGCGGCCGUCAUGGCGAUCUCCUUCCACCCCUCACGGCCCUCCCUCAUCGCAGGAGGUCUGUACAGUGGCGAUGUGGUGGUCUGGGACACCAGUAAGAGUCAGGACUCUUUAAUGGCUCAAACUGGGAUGUCUGCUCAAAGUCACCGGGAACCAGUCUAUCAGGUCGCGUGGGUGCCCCAGGAGAAGAGAGGGGAGUUCGGGGUGCUGAGUGCCUGUUCGGGAGGCAGGGUGCUGCUGUGGACCCUGGAUCUAGACCCCGGGACGCUGGUUCUUCAGGCAGGCUAUGCCCUGAUCACACAACAAGUACCGCAAAGCAGCAGUUCACACACCAAGGCCAGGGGCAGCAGCCACGUGGGCAUCACCUCCCUGGCCCUGGCCCCCUGGGACCCCGACACCUUCCUGGUGGGCUCGGAGGGGGGGCUGCUGCUCAGGUGCUCCUUCUCCUCCCAGACGCCGGCCGCCGUGCCCCCCUCCCUGGACCAGGGCCCCGGCCUGGCCCUCAAGGCCCCCGCCGUGUUCUCCUUCAGGCCCCGCCGCAGCCCCAUCCACGCCGUUAGCUGUUCCCCUUUCCACAGGAACCUGUUCCUGAGCGUGGGGACGGACGGCCUGGCCCACCUCCACUCCCUCCUGCAGGCCGGCCCCCUGCAGUCCCUCCGUGUGGCCGACGCCUACGUGUUCGACGUGAGCUGGUCCCCCACCAGACCCCUGGUGUUCGCUGCUGCCACCGGUCAAGGCGUGGUCCAGAUCUUCGACCUGGGCCGGACGUCCGUGCGGCCGGCGGCCACCAUCGGGCAGAGCGCCGGGGGCGCGGCCGCCACGUGUCUGGCCUUCAACGCCACCCACACCGGCCUGCUGGCCGUGGGCAGCAUGGACGGCACGCUGAACGUCUGGCACCUCAGCUCCGACCUCACCCAGCAGGGCCCCCGGGAGAUGGCCCAGCUGGAGCGGCUGGCCAAUGAGGUGGCAGGAUGAGCCGCCGUUUCCCUGGCGACCGCGUUAUCAUUGGCACUUUGUAUUCGACACUUUUGGAGCAUUUAUUUAUUGCUGUGUAUCUCAGUCUCAUUUAUUCUUUUUGUUCAUUAAAACUUUUUAUGGAAUGAGAAUGUGUAAAAGAAAGACCCCAGAGUCUUGAGUGAGUGGU